AGCUUGGGAUUUACGUUUUGCCAAAUCACUUUGAAGCCAAAUGAACACCAGAUUUUCGCUGCGCUCGUUUCUCCGAGGAGUAAUGUAAUGUGUAACACGAUCGGGACAGAUCCGUUGGUAUUCGCCCUGAAGCACCUGAAGCGCUGGCGAAAUGUGCGUUCAUCCCCACUGUAAACAAAUGUUGUGAGAGCAGGGAGAUGAUGAAAACAUGUGCUAGAGGAAAGCUUGCAGGCUGUCUGCUUCCUUUUACGUUUUACAUUUUUGUGGUCUGAUUGUAGCCAGUGGGUUUAAACCCUCUACUUAAAACUUUCAAAGAUCCAGACACUUUGCCUUCUGCAGUUUGUAAUCCGAGAGAGCGAGUGAGAGAGCGAGAGAGAGUCUCAGUCGAAGAUUACCGGUCCUUCCAAAGAAAUCCCAAGGAUGUGUAAUAUGGACAUUCUGAACUACUAGUUUAUCUGGUGCAGCGCGUUGCUAUAUAUUCGAGGUUCCAGCAUGAAAGCUGCCAAGAAAAAUUAGAGUUUUAUUCUUUUUUUUACGAAACCAUAAUUUCCCCCCUUUCUUUGAGCCUCUUCGCCCACGAAAUGAAAGACGACUACAUUGAAGAAGAGGAGGUACAUUCAAUGGGUUACAAAAGGUUUGGAAUUCAGGAAGGGCCUCAGUGUAAUCGAUGUAGAAACAACUGGGCUCUGAAGUUUUCUAUUCUGCUGCUCUAUGUCCUCUGUGCCAUGCUGACUAUUACAGUAGCCAUCUUGGGAUACAAAGUUGUACAGAGAAUGGAUACAGUGACUGAAGGAAUGGAAACAUCACAAAAAAGUUAUACGGAUAAACUAACUGCUGUCGAGACUGACCUGAAAAAGUUAGAUGACCAGUCUGGGAUGAAAGAUCAAAGUACCAGCUCAGAGCUGACCAAGUUCAAAACUGAUAUUCAGGUCCUUCAGAACCAGCUUAAUGGCAUUGCAGACAAUGCCUCCAAAAAUAGAGUUGCACUGGACAAGCUACAGGAGACUGAAUUAUCAAUGACGACCAAUCAUAACUCCCUCAAAAACUUGUUGGAUGGCAAUUCAAAGUCUAUCAGAGCCAUUAACCAAACCUUAUUGACAUACAGUGGAUACAUUAACAACAUGGAGCAAAACACUGGCAAACUACAAAAAGACCUAGAAAAACAGACGAAAUCUCAGAGCAUCGCGGUAUUAAACCUCAGUCAAAUAAAUCAGACACAGAUUCGUCAAAGGGAUUUAUUCAGUUCGCUGCAGAAAUCUGUCGACGAUACCAGUCAGGCAAUCCAGAAGGUAAGGAAUGAUUGGCAAGCUCUCCAGUACACUGUGUUUCAAGCACAAAAGGACACUGACUGGCUAAAGGAGAAAAUUCAGUACCUGCAGCUUCAAGCAGUCAACAACUCUAUCAUGGUGACAGGUAACAGCGACACUUUGGAAGACAUGAAUCAUCAGCUGAAUUCUCUCAGCAGCCAGAUGGCAAAUAUUAGCUUCAUGGCUAACAUUCACGAAGAGAGUCUCAAAGAUCUACAACAAUAUCAAAAAGCCCAUGAAAAUAAAACAGCCACUAGUUUUGAACAACUUGAAGCACGCAUGGAUAUAAAUGAAAGAGACAUUGGCUCUAUUAUUGGCAACAUCAGUUGGACUGUGCAACAUCUUCGGUCAUUGACAAACGACUUGAAUGGUAUUAAAACAAUGUGCACCAACACAUUGAGUCUGCAUACGGACGAGCUAGUUAUUCUGACCACUAACCUGAACAGUAUUAAUAUGGACAGCUCGCUUAUCAAAGCACAGCAAAGUGUGAUGAAAGCAAAGUUGGACUUUGAAGUUGGCAACCUGUCCAUGAUAAUGGAAGAAAUGAAACUUGUGGACAAAAAACAUGCUCAGCUUAUUCAAAACUUCACAAUUCUGCAAGGUCCUCCUGGCCCAAAAGGUCCCAAAGGUGACAAGGGAUUCCCCGGACCACUUGGCACGAAGGGUGCAAAAGGACAAAAGGGUGACCUUGGAGAAGAAGGAGUUCCUGGACAGAUGGGUCCAAAAGGGGCUCGAGGUGUUCCAGGAAGUAAAGGGGACAAGGGCAAUCAAGGAUACAGAGGGGCGCCCAUGAAAGGUCAAAAGGGUGCAAAUGGAAGACCUGGUGCACAAGGAGCAAAAGGAAGCCAAGGACCGCCGGGUCAGGAUGGCAAAUUAGGUCUUCUAGGACCACCAGGCGAAAAAGGUCAACCAGGAGCAGCAGGAAAUAGGGGCCCACCUGGACCGCCAGGCCCAGGAGGACCUCAAGGACCACCAGGCCCAAAAGGACCAUCAGGGGUAAUAAAACCAGUGGGCCUUGUUGGUCAAGUAAGCCAUCCCUAUGGCCUUGUAGGACAAAGAAAUCUGCCUUUACCAGUUUCCCCAUACCCAAACGGUUGUCCAUCUACUUGGAGGAGGUUUAAGGAGAAAUGUUACUAUUUCUCCACUGAUCUCGUAGAAUUUGCAGAAGGAAAUAAUCUAUGUAAAAUUAUGUCAUCCAACAUGAUUAUAAUUAAUAACCAAGAAGAACAGCAAUGGGUGAGUAAGCAAAUGAACGGAAUGAAUUACUACUGGAUUGGACUGUCCGACACAGAGGAGCAUAAUGUAUGGAGAUGGGUGGAUGGAACCAUUGCACAGUACACAAACUGGAAGCAAGGACAGCCUGAUAACUGGAAGGAGGAAAGAUUAACAGAAGAUUGUGCUGGCCUUGCUAAUAGUGCAUUAUGGAAUGACUUCUUCUGCACUGACACUAAUCGCGUGAUUUGUGAGAAGAAUGUUGACAAAGAUCAACUUUCCGGGUGAUUGGCCUGAUGAGCACGUCCAGAAUUAUUUGUAGACCUGUACUAGAGGUGGACAUAACCUUUAGAUCCUUCACAAACAAAGGAAACAUUUAAAAAGGAGUUAGAAUGACAGCUACAGACCUAAUGUUCCAAAUGUUGUUACCUCGUACUGCGUGCUGGGACUUCAAUCUUUGAUCUUCCUUCACUUUUAAAACUAGCCCAAAAUUUAUUUUGUAAAAGAAUAACUAUUAUUUGAUAACAAUAAUUUGUUUAUUAAAAGUAAAAUUAGCAAGAAAAUAUAUUACAGAAUCCAUAUGAACCCAUUUUUAUUUUAUUUUCCCUAAAUACGUAUGCUAAGACAUAAAAAUCUGUAUAUUAAACACAUGUUUAAAAUAUUUAUAGUUUUGCUUACAAAGCUUUCUUGUUUUUAGAAAAAUGUCAACAGAAUAUGGCGUUGUCUAGUAUACAGUGCAAUCUAGAAAUAAUUUCCCACAGUAUAUUGGAAAAAUAAAGACCAAAUCUUACUUUGUUAUCAUCCAGCAGUUAUAAAGAUGAUCUGGUUUAGGCCUUGUUAUUUAUGAUUUGGUUCAUGGGUCCUUUAUUCAGUUGUCAUCUUUGCCUAUGAAAAUCAGGUUUUUUUCAGCUAUUAAAAAAUGUCACGAGGAAAAUACGCCAAUUUUCACUUUCUAUAUUGUAACUAAAUUAGAAACAACAAUAAAUAAUGAAGACACAAAAUUGUCCAUUACCCUGGGCUUUUAUUCAUUCUAAUUUUUCCUUCCAAAAGUUACCUAUCAAGUGACAAUUUCUAUCGUGCCACUGCAUAAUAUGCCUCACAGCGGCAGAGACCUGUAUUUAAUCCUGACCUUGGAUGCUGUCGGUGUGGUGUUUGCACAUUUUGCCUGCAACCAUAUGGGUUUCCUCUGGGUGCUCUGGUUUCCUCCCACAUCCCACAGGCAUGCAAGUUUGUAGGAUAAUUGACCUUAGUGUGUUGGAGUGGAUGAGAAAGUGGGUUAAUAUAGAACCAGUGUGAACAGAUGAUUGAUGGCCAGUACAAACUCGGUGGGCCGAAGGAUCUGUUUCCCUGCUGCAUCUCUAAACUCAAGUAAAUUUCAGUGCUUUGAAAGCCACAUUCUUAAAGUGUCUGAAGAUGGGUCUCAACCCAAAACGUCACCCAUUCCUUCUCUCCAGCAAUACUGCCUGUUCUGCUAAGUUACUCCAGCAUUUUGUGUCUACCUUUGAUUUAAACCAGAAUCUGCAGUUCUUUCCUAAAAAAUUCUUAAAGUGCCCAUUUGCUUAUUAUAAAAUAUUUUGCCAAAGCAGAGUGUUUUUAGGUUAUCGGUAAAAAUAGUAAAAAUUCAAGCCCUGUCUAUGUCAAAUUUAAAUACAGUGAAUAAGGGAAGGCAUUGUUUCCAUUUAGCAGAUCUCUGUGCUUUCAGUACAAGCCUUUAUUCCACAAAAAACAACUCAUCUGUUUGCAGACUCGUUAAGAGGAUGCUUGGAAAUACAAACUGCUGCUAUUCGAAAUGAACUGAGAACGCAGAUUAUGGAGAAAUUAUUUGACACACCUCAGAUGAUGACUCAAAUGGAGCAACUGGCUUUGAAAGUCGACAACAUAAUUGACAACAAAGACACCAUAAGGCACAUGAGCCGUACCCACCCAUCAAAACCAGGAGACGUUGAAGAGGAAUUGUAACACCCUUAACAACAAGGCUUUAUAUCAGACAACAUCCUUUACUAAAUGACAAAACCUAAUGGUUAUAAAUAUUUUCAUAUUUAAUUUAAGGUCACAUGGUCAUAAGGAAUAGGAGUCGAAUUAGGCCAUUAGGCCCAUCAAGUCUACGCCAUUCAAUCAUGGCUGAUCUGUCUCUCCUUCCUAACCCCAGGCUCCUGCAUUUUCCCCAUAACCUCCGAUACCUGUAUUAAUCAAGAAACUAUCUAUCUCUGACUUAAAUAUAUCCACAGACUUCGCCUCCACAGCCUUCUGUGGCAGUGUUCCACCCUCUAACUAAAGACAUUUCUCCUCAUCUCCUUCCUUAAAGAAUAUCCUUUAAUUCUGAGGCUAUGACCUUUAGUCCUAGACUCUCCCAGUAGGGGAAACAUCCUCUCCACAUCCACUCUAUCCAAGCCUUUCACUAUUCUAAGGCUAAGAAUAUCACUGCCGAUGAUUAAGAGCAUAUUCUAAUAGAAAAAAAAAACAUAUUCAGGCAUGUCGUGCUGAGUGAGCCAGCAAUGCAAACAUAAAAGUACAGUCCCUUUAACUAUUAAUUGGA